AGGCUUACACUAAUAAAAUGGGCAAUAAAAUAUCUUAAAACACAGUUAAACCGAAUCAAAAACUCUCAGCCCGCAUGAAACAGGAAAAAUUCGUGCAUACAAUCACACCUUAUCCCACCUCCACAAGCACAGAAGAAAGCACAAAAAUCUAAAGAGAGCAACAGCGUGUAUUAUACCAAAUUACAACACACUGGCACUGCAGCUACUGAUUCACUUUGAAAACAAAGGAAUUGCUGUAAUCAACUAUGAAUACGAAUUAGAAAUGUGCCACUGAUCAUCGCAAAGUGUGACAUUGUCACGUGAGGAGCCGGAAAACUAGUCGUUUGUGCAGAUCAGACGCCAGAAGCAUCACAAACAUUACUGUUGUCUAUGUGACUAUGGUCUAAAUCGAAUACGUAACUAAGUAAAUUGAGGGAACUAUCGUAAUGAGAGACGUUAAUGGAAUUGAACGAAAAUGUUAAUUUUUUAUUUAUUUUUUGUAUAUUAGUACAAAUUAAUGAACAAUAAGUUCUCAAAGUUUCAGUGAUGAAAUCGCAACAGAUGUUCCUGAAAAGUAAUUAAAUGACUGGCGCGAUCUUCCUGACACACACACUUUUUGAAGCAGUACUUCAAUACUUACUCGCUGAAUAGAUAUUCCACUCAAUACUUUCAGGCAAACUUGCACAGGAUACAUUUAAACGGCUGUGAUGUAUACACUUUGGCUUCGUAUAUGACGUGUGACUUUUGUCAGUGAUAUAAAGGGCAAAAAGUUAUACGAUGGAUUUGGGACUGGCGAACACAACAAACUCACUUAGAACAUGACAGACACUCUUAAAGUGUGUUAUGGGAAGAUUAUCAGACGGAACCUGUCAAGUGACAUGAAAAGUGCAGAUGGGCCACCUACUUCCACGUGGUGACAACAUAUGGACAUCCCAUUCAUCUUCUGUGCCACAUUAGCUGAGCAGGCGGGCGCCACUGAGAUGCAGCUGCUGCCUUUGUGGACGGUACUGGCGGCUGUCGCCACUCAGCGCAGCCUGGCCUCCGUCCAACUGACGUGCGACUGCCGCAUGUGGCAACUGCGGGACCCCUCGAUCAGCCUGCACUGCUCCAGAAGAGAGGCUCCGACGCCUGGAGUUUCGUGCCAACAAUCCAAAGUGUGGGACAUCCCGCGAGGUUACCAGUUCGUGCCUGGUUACGGGCUGGUGAAGCUCUACCGCACGUUCAAGACGUGGUGGGCGGCCAAGAAGGCCUGCGAGGCUGAUGGAUCUCGGCUGGCGAUCCCGCCAGACCGUAACGCUGUCGACGGACUGAACCAGAUAUUCGCCAAGGAGAACGGACUGUGGUGGGCCUGGGUUGGCAUCUCUGACGAGGCCAGAGAGGGCGUAUUCGUUGGAGUUGACGGUCGGCCAGCCCCUUUCCUGCCGUGGCAGCCCAAACAGCCCAGCGAUCACGAAGGCAAAGAGAACUGCGUCAACACCCGCAACGACGGCCUGUACAACGACCUCAACUGCGACUGGCAGUCGCCUUUCUUCUGCGAGCGCCUGCUCUCCGUGGGAGUCCCCGACUCUUACCGCUGGCUGGAGGAGGCGGGCCGCUUCUACAAGGUCCACAAGGAGAAGCGGAGGCACAACGAAGCCGCCGAGGUGUGCCGCUCCGAGAACGCGACUCUGGCCGUGACGGACACGUGGCGCCGCGGCGAAGCCCUCCUGCGCACUCUAAUCACGCCGGAGAGCCUCGAGUACCACAUUGGCUUCACCGAUCGGGCAGUCGAAGGCGACUUCGUUACGGAUACAGGGAGGCACUUGAGUGAUAUGGAGUUCUUAGUGUGGGGAUACGGGGAGCCCAAGAACAGGAAGGAUGAAGACUGCCUGUCUCUGAAUGGCGAGGGCUACUACACUGACAUCUCCUGCGAAUUCGAGCGGCCCUUCAUCUGCGAGAUCGUGCCCUAGUGACGACAUGACGCGGUCGGCUGCUAGAUGCGGUCGAGAGUGGCCGCGAGUGUAGGACGACGCUUCUGACUUUUCAAAGAAAUUGAUAGUGACAUAGUACAAAGUUAACUCAUGAUAGUUGUUACAUCAGACUUUUAAUAAAUGACAAUAUGAUACUUC